UAAAUUUAAAUCAAUUAUAAAUUAUACGUAAAUAUAUUACAUCAAUCAUAUUUUGAUGUCAUCAUCAUCAGCAUCUGAGUGGCAUCAGAUAUUUAUUAACAAAAACAAACUAAUAAUAAUAAUAAUAAAAUUGAAAAAAGCAAGAAAACGAGAUUAUUAAUCCUUCAACAUGUUGGGUUGUAUUUAUCAAUUAUGGGAUUGGUUGGAGGCGCCACCGCUAUUUAAUGCGGGCACCAUGGACGCAAAAAAAUUACAGCAAUUACAACAAGCUCAACAUUUACAAAAGAAAAUACCAUUAGCGUAUCAAACGAACAUUGCUGACUAUCGUACAACAACACAUUCACCAGUCUUCCAACAGCAGCAGCAUGGCAACUAUCAUCUGGGACAUGUAGCAGCCGCCCACCAACAACAGUAUCAACAGAGUCCAACAACAACAUCAUCAUCAGGACCACUAACACCAAUCGAUAUACAACCACAUGCCAGUAAAUUACUGCUGAAGCAUCAAUUACAAAGCUCGGGGAGUGGAGGUAGUUCGGCACAUAGUUCACCAUACCACCAAGCUUCCACAUCGUCGGGUUAUCCUACUAGUAGUACUGUUGGUACUGGUGGCACAGAACAAUUGUAUCAGUCGCCAACAGAACGAACAUAUUUAGCGGCAUCUGGACGUAUUAAUUCUGCCCAUAAUCAGGCUACAAAUUUACAAUUACAAUAUCAACAGUUGCAACAGGCUAAAUUACAGGCACAAUUGGCCACACAAAAUGAGGCAGCUCAAAAUCAACAAAGGCAAUUUGCUUUGCGACAAAUGAUUAAUCCUCCUGUGCCACAGGGUCAUUAUCAUAUGAGUCAGUCAUCGAGUAUGAUGUCUACUUUAACACAACAACAGCAGCAACAACAACAACAAACUACACAAGCACAACAACAGCAGCAGCAACAACAACAAAGAGCACCUCCCUCUUCAUUGAAUUUAACAAAUCAAUUUCAGCCAGCUGCAGGACCAUUAAAAGUUACUCAACAAAAUGCCCACAAAUCAGCUCAACAUUAUCAUCAACAACAACAGCAGCAGCAACAACAACAAGAGCAAAUUUAUGGCCAACAUCAGCAUCAACAAUUACAAAUGCAAUUGCAUCAUCAGCAACAGUUGCAACAACAUCAUCAUGCUUUACAACAAAGAUCCAAAUCUGACUUGCAAACACCACAGAGCAGUGACCAGAGUCCCAUUUAUAUACAACAAAAUCAUCCUGGUCAUGUAGUCAACCAGGCAGUACAAACACAAAUUUCGACAGUGGCAAAAACUUCAAAUAAUCCUCCACAGAUGACCAAAACUCCCAGUUCAGAGGAAUCUUCAUCUGCUUCAACUAAAAGUCCUUCUCAUGCGCCAUUGGAUCGUAAAAAAUCGGGUGGAGGUUCUAUAACAAAUUCACAAGCUCUCAAAUCUCCCAUUACCAAAAGGCCACCAAAUUCUCCGGUUACCAUAGCAGGUUGGCUGUACAAACAAGGCUCUGAUGGCCUUAAAGUGUGGCGCAAGAGAUGGUUUGUAUUGGCCGAAUAUUGCCUUUACUACUACAAAGGUCCGGAGGAAGAAAAGGUAUUAGGAUCCAUACUUUUGCCCUCCUAUAAGGUAUCUGCUUGUCUGCCCGAAGAUAAAAUCUAUCGCAAAUAUGCCUUUAAGUGUGAACAUCAAAAUAUGAGAACCUAUUGGCUGGCGGCUGAAAAUGCUGAAUCUAUGGUACAAUGGGUGAGAGCUUUAAGUGCGGCCACCAUGAUGCAAGCUCCCAGCAGUGCUGGUGAAUCAUCGGAACAUCCUAGUGGUUCUUCUUCUCUUAAUCAUAGCGGCGAAAAUUCUGACUCUGGUAUUCAUACACUUCAAUCGCAGCAAAGUAAAAUGUCCGGUCAAGGACAAGUAACACCAGCCUCAGAUAAUGGUGGAGUGACAACAUCUAGUAGCAGUGGUGCGGGUGGUAGUGGACAACCGUUGUAUGCCAAUGCUCCUCCCAAACCCAGACGUAUAACAGAUGGUGGCUAUUCUUCACCUAGUCCUGAACAUUCUAUGGAUAAUGAAGGCAUGAGACAACAUCAAAUGCACCAACAACAACAUCAACAGCAGCAAUCUAGUCGUAGAUCAGGUAUAAUGUCUCCCACUUUGCAGCAAAUGCAACAGUAUCAACAACAACAGCAGCAGCAGCAACAGUCGAGAUCACAACAUCAUGCCAUAUAUGACGCCCGUACGGGUAAUGUCUCCUCAGCUAUGAGAAUACCACCACAACAACAGCAACCCAAUUAUACCAUAGAUACGUUAGAAGCCCAGUAUCAACAACAACUAACUCUCAGUAGUCCUGACGAUUAUCCCCAAUCACCUACAGCCCAAUACAUGGACUCACAAAUGGAACAGCAAAUAAUGCAAUUGCAACAGCAGCGUGUUGCCGUUGAUGACAUCUAUGGCGAACGAGAAUUAUAUAUGCAACGUCUUAUACAGCAACGUUAUCCUCCCCAUAUGUCGGCCUAUGUCUCAGCAGCCGAACGUCGGACACCCGAUGCUUAUGGUCGUUCGAAAAAUCGUAUGUUUUCGGAUUAUGAAGAUAUUUACAAUUUGACUGCUGGCGCAGGAAAUCCUUCAGCUCAGGAAGCUUUAAUGCAAGAGGCAGCAAGUUAUCGUCGGCCCUUAUCGCCACCUAGCUAUGAGGGCAAUAAAAAUGUACCUUCUGCGAUGUCGUCGCGUUAUACUCCCAAUAAUUUAGAGUCAUCACCUGGACAUAGUGCUGCUGGCAGCAAUAUAAGAGCCAGACCCGCAGCUGCCAUAGUACGUCCACAUUCGGCAGACUUUUUAGAGUAUGAAGCCAGAGCUGAAGCGGCUGCAGAUGCUGCCGCCAUAGCUGCUACAGCCUCAAUGAUUAAACCAGAUCCAGUGAGAGCACCACGACCCAAAUCCAGUCUAGACAUUAAUCGUACACCAGAUAGCUUUUAUUAUUCAGAGGAAAAUUAUGCUGAAAAAAUGCGCAAGAGUGCAUUGUAUUUACAAAAUCCCCAGGCUCAACCGCAGCAAGCGGGUACUUAUCGUACCACAAGUGGAUCUACGGACUUCCUUAGUCCCGUAGCGAGUGGUAUGAAUACAAUCGGUUAUGAGAAUCCUUAUGAAAGGACCUAUAAACGUAAUGAAUUGUUACAAGAUGCUUUAGGUAAUCAAGCAGGACAUACUAGCAUACCACGUAUGAGUCGUUCACAAACAAUGGGUAAUGGUUCACAAAUUCGUUCAUCCUCCACUCAUCCUCAUCAUUCACUAUCACCACCAUCUCAGCAACAACAACAACAACAACUGCAACAAGAGCAAUUACAAUUAGGCCAAUCGCCGGCAUACCAACAAAAACAAACGUCACAAUCGUCAUUACUUUCAUCCGGUCUCACAACUCAACAAAUUAUUCAACAAAAUGAACAGUUCCUACGUUCAGCUAGUGCUCGUUUACCUAAACGUUCAUCGACAUUUGACGAUGAACCCUCAUCAACAGCUAUUACUCCUACCACUUCUACUACAGUAACUUCUCCAUCCACAGGCACAACCUCACCUCCUGCUAUGGCUGGAGGAGCAGGUGGUUUAACACAAACAACACCCACUUCUCACCUGGAUGGCGAACGAAAACGUGAAGAGUCCAUGAAACGUUUAUUGGAAUGGAAACAGCGUAUGUUACAAUCACCUCUUACACGUAAAAGCGGUCAACAUUCUACAUCGUCUGCCUCACAGAGUGGCCAAACAAUUGGGGGCACUAGUAAUAUUUCAGCCAUGUCUAAAUUGGGCAGUAAUCCCAAUAUUCUAUUGGCCUCUACAGCUGUGGCCAGUGGAGCCCACUAUCCUAACACUGUAACAACUACAAAAGGAGGCAUCACAUCUUCAACUAGUUCGACUGGUGGCAUACAACGUAGUCGUUCUGAGACACAUGCCAACACAGGACCAACUGCUGGUUACAAUUCCUAUUCUUCGGACGAUGAAGCUGGAACUAUUACAAAAGCGCCGGCAGGAAGGUCUUCUCUACGUGCCAAAACUUCAGAAUAUGGCAACAACACUAGUACUAAAUUUAUUACCAACACAACCUCUUCUAGCAUAACCAACUCCACCAUCACUAAAAUCAGCACAAAUACCAUCCCAAAAUCAAAACAAAUUUUAACCACUUCUAGCCUAAAGUCAGAAGGUGGUCAUGCUUUAGAAAAAUACAAUGCAACAAACAAUUUAUACAAUGACAAUACAAUAAUAACAAGACCAAAGAAAACAAUUGCAAUCAAUGACACACAACAACAAGCACAAGAUAUUGCAGAUUAUGUAAUGACUGGCUCCACGGACUCGACUUUUACUGCAACAGUAUCCCAAACAACUGCAACCACAUCACAAAUGCCAAGAAUCUUAAAACCUAUUUUAAAAACUAAAAUAAUUAAUGUUAAACCGGUACCAAGCGAAACUUCUCCAUCUGGUAACUUUUGUCCAUCUGAAUUAGGCGAUAGUUUAGAUAGCGCAAGUCCCUUAACAAAAAUAACUCUGCCUAAAAUACCCAAUGCCAUAGCAAUAGCUUUAGACGAGAAGACCAAUAAUGAGCCAACUUCGCCACAAAUUUCUUCAUAUGUACCAGUUUAUAAUACUAAAACCGUAGUGCCCACAAAAUUACGAACCAUUUCUAAUAAUUAUGAAAAUAUUGAAAUACAAGGAUUCGACUUUAAUAAACAAAAUCAGCCAAAUGUUGGUGAAUCAUUUACAAAAGACGAAAAAUACACUAAAGAUAUUGAGAUUUUCGAAAGUGAUACGGAAAACCCAUUAAAAUGUGAUGAUAACGAAAUUAAGAAUAAUGAAAAUCUUAGAACAAUUGAAGAUUUGGAGAGUAUUAAGAACGAAACAGAAGCUAUACAAGAUGAGGAGGCUACACCCAUGCUAAUGAGUCUCAAACGUUUUAAGGAAAAGGAAGAAAAACGUCUAAAACUACAAUUAACCCUAGAAGAAACUCAAACAACAGAAGAUGAUGUCAUAACACCCACCCAAGAAACCAUUGAUUCCCAGCAGGAUGACCACACUCAAAAUGUGCUAGAGGAAGAUGAUGAAGAUACAACUUGUGAAUAUACCGAUGAUGACUUAGAUGAAGCUCUAGCCGAGGAGGCUGAUGUAGAGGAAGAUACUACUAUGGAUACCACACAAAUUGAUCAGGAUUUAGCUGAUGACAAAGAACUUUCCAAAAUAUACGAAAAUGAACCCAUGACCCCCCAAGAACAACAACACAAUUUAGACGAGUCACAUUAUUUGCCCAUGACACCCAAAAAAAUUGAAUCAGAUCAGUCAAAUAAUGCUGGUGGAACUUUAACUUUGGUAUCUAUUUUAGAUUCUACUAAUGAAGAAGAAGAAAAUCAUUAUGUGGAAAUGACAAAACAAUUGCAAGAUGAAGAUUCCAAAAAUAAUUAUGAAAUUAUGUGCCUCAAUAAUUCAUCUAAUUCGCCCUCCAAUGAAACCGGCUGUAAACCGAAGCAACUAAAAAUAAUGAAUGAACCUUUAUACAUGGAAUUGCAAGGUGGCAAACCAUCCCAAAAAUCACCUGAAACCAAAGAAGACACACUUUUACCAUUGGGUAAAACUUCAACAUUAAAGAAAUCGAAAAAAUCAUCGGACACCUUGAAAAAGAAAUCGAAAAAAUCCCAACAAGAUCGCAUUCAACAUAAACGUAAAGAUUUACCGGAUAUUUUGAAACCCCCACAAAAUUCCAUGGUCCUUAAUUCGGAUAGUUCAGAUGCUGAUGAUGAAUCCUCGAAAUAUAUAGAUUCGAAAAAAAUGAGAUCUCGCACUAGAUUCAGUUUAUCAGAUACAUUUAGACCAGCCUCUUACUAUUUAGGAGCUUCAACACCUCUAAAUAAUUGUAUAGAAAGUUCAGAUAGUGAAAUAGUAUCACCUCCACCAAUACCCAACUCACCACCACCCAUGGAAGAGUUAAAAACCGAGGAAAUAUUUUCGGCUGAAAAUUAUGACACUGUUAAGCGUAGAGACAGUUCUUCAGGUAGUAAAUUUAAUAUUUCCUAUGAACAAUUGCCUAAAAUGCACGCCAGUAAUUCAUCUCUUAAUUUUGCUAAAAAUGAGGCUGCUCUAAAAUCUAGCCGUCUUUCACUUCCCGAUCAAUUCAGCAAAGCCAAAAACCUUAAAACGCCACCACAUUUGCUAAUGUUAAAACAACAUGAAAGGACCUUAUCCGAUUCAAAUUAUAGCUUCCAAACCGAUAACAGUUCAAAUAAUUCAUCUGAUUUUGAUCUCUAUAACAAGUUGAAACAAAAUUCACCCUCCUACAUUGCCACACCUAUACGUUACCAAUCGAAUUCUUCGCUAAGCUUAAGCCAACAAAAGACUUCCCUACCAGGAACUGGUAAUAAUAGUGAAACAGAUACUGUAGAGCUUCGUCAUAGACAAGGAUCUGAUUCAGAGUUGGAAAGGCAAAGAUCACGUAGACCUCUUUCCGAAGAAUCUAUAAGUGAAAUUGAAUCUUUAAGUGAGAAAUUUGAAGAUGCCUUAGAGACGGCCGAUUUGGAUACUUAUCUUAAUGACUUACAAAAUAGUGAUUUGUAUCUAUAUCAGAAUACUAAAUUUGAAACGUCUGCCACAACCAUUUUAACAGAUGCGGCAGCUGCGCAAGGUGCCGGUAUUCUGACAAAUCUUAUAAAGCCUCCUAAGAUAUUUCGUAAUAAAGAUGAUGAACAUUUCUAUGGUAAUAUACAUUUUGUAUCUUCCACUGAUUCUUUGCAAAAGCUAGAAGGGCCCAAUGAUCAAUUCGAUGUAAUGGGAGCCACCAGUGUAACACCCACCAGAUAUAUGACACCUUUACAUAGUCGUAAUAACAGCAAUAUUUCAGAGCAAUCAGUACCAUAUUACUACUCGGAAUUGAGCAGUAGUAGAGAACUUUUGUCUACUCCUACCACUUUGAAUAAUCAAAGAGAUAUACAUGCCCAAGGUUCAAAUAUAGAUCAUAUUCAUAACCCCAUAGAAAGAGCGCAUAAUAUCAACAUGGAAAUUCUGGCCGAUAAAGACCAAGCUAUAGAUAGUAAAAAUUUAUAUAAAAUGAAAACAAAUGUUGAAAAAUUAAGUUAUAGUUCGGGUAAGAACUUAAAAACUGGUGAAACAUUUCAUCAGAAUACCUCUAAUCCAUCUACAUCAUUUGGAGCGCAAACAUUUCAUAUACAGCAAAUACAAAAUCCUGCUUUUAAAAUAAAUAAUUAUAAGAUUAGUUUAAGACAUCAACAAACAUUAAAUACAAUAUAUGGGACUAACCCCAACUCACAGUCAAUAACACAAUCAGCCAUAACGACUUCACCAGCCAUAUUGACCACCACUUCUGUAACAUCAGCAACAUCAUCCCCAUCUUCAACUACUACCACUACACAUACAAGUAACAUGGUUUGUGGCAAUGUUGAGACAAAUGCUAAAAAUAUCAAUUUACAAAUGGGUAACAAUGCUUUGGUGGCACAAAAUACUUUAGCUGCAGCAAAUAAUUCCAAAUCGAAUGAGAUGCAAAAACCAUCAAAUAAUUUGGAUAAAUCUACAGUUCUAGGUAGUCCGGUAAGUGGCGAAUUACUUUGGGAAGAAGAUACUCUGUGGCGAGAAAGUUUACGUAGAGUAUCACAGAGACAUGCACGCUCUUUGGAUGAUCUAGAUCGUAUUACCGUUAUUCCGGCACGAAUAACUACUCUUAACCGAACUCAUUUAGCAGCUGCAGAAGGAAAUAGAAAACCACGUUUAUCGCGCGAUGUUACUUAUGUCAAUGACAAUGUCUCGCAACACUUGAGAUCAAGUUUUAAAUUACGUCACUCAAAUCCAAAUUCCCAAAACACCUACGAUGAGGUAUGUGAUGAUCAAUCGAUUAAUGAAGAAUCUCAAGUCUUAACUAAUGAUCAUGAUGUUUAUGUACAGCUUACCGAAAAUAUUCUCUCAACCGACGAUCUUAACUCUGACCUUUAUGAAGUGUUACGCGAAGAAACCUCUUCCAAUAUAUCCUCUACUAAAUCCACAGAAAUUGAUCGAGAAACAAUACGACAAUGGGAUUCAAUGUCAAGUGGCUUAAUGAAAAACUCUCUUACAACUACAAAUUUAGAUCAAAGUCCAACCGCCAGCAGUAAUGUUAAAUCUAUAAUCGAUCAAUUAAAUUCAAAUUGUGAUAACAAUGGCAAUCCAAACAUUAUGACAUCCAUAUCAGUGCGAAAUGUACGUAACUUACCUAAGGGCAAUCUGACUGUUAAACCAGAUCCCUCGGAUCCCCAAUUGCAGCGACAACUACAACAGCAACAGCAAUACAAUUAUGAUCAAAUGCAAAAAAUAGAGAACUCAUAUUAUGGUUCAGCACACGAUAUGAAAUAUGCCAAAACCACAUUGUUGACAGAUCGCAAUACAAGUGCUGCAGGCAAUGCAGCAUUAAAUGAACCAUAUGCCACCUCUACACCUUUACAUCGUACUGCCAAUAGUGCUAGUAUGGCUGGUGGUCUUAUGAAUCAGGAUUAUUAUGGAACAAGUGGUAAUAUAUAUGAAAUGCACAAUGCUUAUCAGCAGCAAUUGCACCAGCAACAACAACAACAGCAACUAUUGGCACAUCCUAUGAGACGUGUUGGCAGUCGUGCUGAAAUCGACAUGUUGGAACGUGAAACAAGUACACAAAUAAGGAAUCGUUUACGUACCGCUGAAGGACUAACUCGCGCCGAAAGUAUACAACGUUUAGAUUAUUUGAAACAACAUUUACUUGAUCUGGAAAGACAAUAUGAAAAGAGUAAACCUUUGGUUAAUCUAGUAGAUAAUAUGGUUAAGCUGGGUUCACUUUAUCGCAAUGAUGCCAACGGUAGAAGCCAGAGACCUGAGGCAGUCACUUUAGAUCGUUUGGAGUUUAAUCAAAGAAUACAAGAGAAACGUUUACUCCAAGAAGAGCAAAAACAAUGGGAUCGUUUAAAUCCCGAUCAUAGUGAAUUACAGUCUAAAGUCCGUCAAUUAUAUCACUUGGAUCAAUUAUUGCAAGAAGAAUCGGGAACUUUACAAAAUUUGCAACGUGACAAAGAAGAUCUUGAGAGAGCUUUGGGCGGCUUAAAGGCUCGUAUACAAGAUACUAGUGGUCCUCCUUUAGCAUUGGAAGCCGCCAAAAAACAACAAAUAAUGUUGGAACGUGAAUUGUCAAGAGUACAUCAGUUGCUGGCCGAAAAUUCUAAGAAACUUGAGCAAACAGUAGCUGGAAAUGCUCGUUUAGAACAGGAACUCUUAGUAUUACGUCAGAAACUGCAAGCAUCAAGGGGUAGUCAAAGUGCUCUACAAAUUUCCGAUACAUACACCAGCAACACCACAGCCAUGUUGGAAUCAGAACUGAAAAGAGUACAAACUCUGGUGGGCGAUAUGCAAAGACAACGACAGGAACUCAGUUCGGCCGUUAAGCAAUUGACGGAAAAUUCGAAUAGAUUGUAUCAGGAAAUUGGUAAUAAAGAACAUGGUAGCUUAAGAAAUGGUGAGACGAGCAGUAAUAAUGGCAGUAUUAGAAAGAGAAGCAAUUCUGGUUGUUGGAUAGAAACCGAUUUGGAUACUAUGAUGUGUGUUAAUCGUACUUUCAGUGAUUCGACCAUGAAUCUAUCAACGCCUCUGUAUGUGGACACUAGUUCCAACAAUACCAGUGGCAAUUUAUUAAAUUGUUCUUCGACCUCAAGUAAACUAAGUGAUUACAAUACAGGCGAUAGUAUGACCAACGAAUCACAAAGAAGAAUGGGUUCUUCGUCGUAUCGUUAUAAUGAUUCUAGCGAUAAUUUGGAGACAAGUGGUGUGGAUAGUGAUGGUUUCUUGGAAACAAACCCAUUUGCAAAUUUAACACAACAGGAGAAACAGGAAAUCAAAACAGUGCGUAUUGUUAAAAGAGAAUCUGAAAGAAGACAUCGUGAUCGCAGCGAACGUUCUGGUCUAAGUAAUUCAACACAAAAUCUUGAUCAGGUGGCGGAGGAAGAACAAUAUAGUCUUAUGAAUGGUGGCAGUGUUAUGGGAAUGGGUGGUAAUUAUCAUGUUAAAGAACAUCAAACUAAUGAAAGAUCAAAAUCAUUACCCAGAACAUACAGUGAACCACCAAAAUCAUCUUCCAGACAUCAUCACAGGCAUAAGCAUGGUAGUAGUGGUAGUGGUCAUCAUAACAGUGCAAGUACAUCCUUAUCUUCUGCUACUACCAGUUAUAAUGAUUAUUAUGGUCAUAAUGGUGCUUCUUCUAAUGCUUACGAUAAAAAUAGUAAUUAUUCUUCACAUCCUCAUCAACAGCAACAACAACAACAAACUUCUCAACAUAAUCAUCAGCAUCAAUUAACAAAUGGUCAUGGUAAUUCUCAGCCACGUGAACAUUUAAAUCCAUUAGCGAAUGCUUAUUUUGCCAAACAAAUGCAACAACAAAAGCAACAAACCUCUCAUAAUCAUCACAAUCAUUCAUCUCAUCACUCACGUCAUUCCUCUCAAAGUGCUUUGCGUCAAAAGACCGAUUCUGUGCAAAGUCUCAAUAAAAGUCUUAGCGAUUUAACACCCUCAUUUCAAAGUGAAGCCGCUAGACAAAUAAUGAAUGAAAUGUCUGCAGGAUCAGCAUCGGAAGAUACUGAAAAGGUACAGGAAAAAGUACCCUCUCAACACAAACACCGAAGAGCAGUGCCCAAAGAAAAGAGACGUCAUUUUACAGCUCCCAAUAAUGUGGUGCCAGUAAAAACCAUAGAAAAUGGUCAAACCGAAAAUGAUAUGAAUAGAAAUAACACAAAUUGGCGCGCUCGCGAUGAUUUAGAUAUGGAAGUCGCAUUACGUCCGCGUAUGAAUGCACCCGAUGUUGUACGCUCCGCUUUAAGACAUGGCGAAAAAAUAUCUGAAAAUACAAUUGAUAACUUGUUAUUGGCUCCUAAUAAAAUUGUUAUACCCGAACGUUACAUACCCGAAACGACACCUGAAUUAUCACCCGAGGAGAAAAAGAGACGUCAAGAAAAGGUUGAAUCAAUUAAAAAGAUGUUGGCUGAAGCUCCCAUAAGUGCGGCAAAUGAAACCACUGCCACACUACCACCCAGUAAAAUAAAUGAAGAAAAGAAACAGAGAGAACAUCUUUUACAAUUGAAUCAAAUUUUGGCACAACAAGUUAUGCAAAUGAGUAAAAUUGUAGCUGAAAAGGCGAUGUCUAAAGUUGGUAAUGAAGCUGAUAAUAAUGACGAAUACGAUGACGAUGAUGAUGAUGAUUACGAUCAUUCACCAAAUGGCGAUAAUGAUGAGGAACGCAAAUCUGAAUCACCAAGCCAACCACUGCCGAUAUACCAGCAACGCAAUAAUUAUUAUUCAUAAAUUUCAAUAUUUUCCCGAUUAAACAAAAAACAAAUAGUUAAAUAUUUAUAUCAAGAAGAAACCAAAACAAAAAACGCAACAAUUUAUUUUAUCUCAACACAAAAUUAACAAAAUUACAAUAAUGCAUUUAUCUUAAAUAGAUAUAUAAGUAUCUAAACAAAUAGAUACAAAUACUUAAAACUAAACAAAACAAAUUUUAUUUAAAAAAUAAAAAAGGAAAACAAAAUGUAGACUAAAAUUUAAAAAAAAACUUCCUGAAUUUGUUAAAAUCAAUUAAAAAUAACAAUAAAAAAACAACAUACAUAUAUACAAAGUACAUACUUAUAGUAUGUAUAAAUAAAAAUUGAUGUAAUACAAUAAAAAGCUUAAUUGACUGAUAAAUUGUUUCCAGAAAAAAAGACUUUUUAGUAGAAAAAUUUAUAUCAUAAUUUUGAUUUUAAAACUGUGAAAAAAACAUAAAUCGUUAGAAUUGUUAAUUACAUUGAAACUAAAUUAUAGUCUAUUGAAGAAAAAUAUAAAUAUUAAAGAGAAAAUGCAUGACAUUAAAUAAAUCAAAUGAAAUCAAACUUCAACAUAUCACUACAUUCAUAUUCAUAAACAUAAAAUUACGUACGUACAUACAUACAUAUAAAGGAAUAUCUUCUUAAAGAAAUAUAAAUUUAUAGUAAAUAUAAUUAUUAUCAAAUUACUUAUGAAAUAAUGAAAUUGUUAACAAUUAUAGUGUUAAAGAAAGAAUUAUAAAAAUUGUUUUUUUUUUUCAAAAGAAAUAUUGAAAUUAUAAAAUGAAUUUAUGUACUAAGAACAUUGGUGGAUCAAGAUUCAAUAGAUUAAAUAAUCGAAUCUGUUAUUUGGAAUUUGUUAUUUGAUUAAUGAAGUUUUAUUAAUUUGUACUGUCAUAAAAUUUUACAUUUAAAAUGUUAAAUGCUAAUUUUACAUUUAAAUUAAAAUGUUUAUGUUUUAUACAUUUAUUUAAUAUAAAUUUGAUUGCAGUUAUUUUGGAAAUAUUUUUGAAAAAAAAAUAUUAUAAAAAUGUUGUUAAAAUACACAAUCUUUGAUGGUAUUCAAAUUGUUACCAAUAAUAUUGUCGAAAUUUCUAGGCGAUAUAAUGUUGCCUUUAUCUGUGCAAUAGCAGUGAAAAAUUUCAUGUUUUUUGUUUAUAAAUCGUUUGUGUUUAUUUUAAACUUAAAUAUUAAAAAAAUAUAAAAAAAAAAUACUAGCAUGACAUUUUAAACUCUCAUAACAACAUAAAUAUAAAACCAUCCGACACUCAAAAUUACACACGAACCAGAUAAUAUAAGUCUGAAACUAAAAAUUAAAUGAAGGAAACAGCAUUACUUAAAACGCAAAUUUUCUGUGUAAAGUUUAUAGUUUCAGACGUAUACCAUCCGGUUUAUGUCCAAUGAUUUUAUUCCAUUACUGUCGGACUGUGUAGAAAACACUAUUCAUAGGAAAACGUGAAAAAUUUAAAUAGACUUUUAAGUUAUUUUUUAUUUUCUACUAAUUAUAGAGACAUUUAAAUAUAAAACCAUCAUAUCAGCACAUAUUUAUAUUGUAAAAAUUUACAAUAUUCAUGAAGAAUUGAACUAAAUAUGUUAUAGUUAAAAUUGAAGUUAAUGGGGGGGAGCAAUAUGCGUAAAAGAAACAUAAAGAGAGUUCAUAGAACUGAUGGAAUUCAAAUAAACUAAGGUUCAUUUAACAGUGAAUAUAAAAAAGAGAUUCACAUACAUUAUAGCAAUUUUCAUGUACCUAUCAUGUAUUACAAACAAACAAA